GAUGUAGCAGGUACCCUCGUGUCUAACCACUGCUGCUGAGCUGAGUUUAAAAUGUCUAACGCCAGUUUUGAUAAAUCACCACGGGUAUCAAAGGUCUGGAUCGCUCUGAGGCGGCUUGACAAACACGAUGACAGAGUGGUGGCUCUUCGAGAAGUGUCCAUUCCCCCAGCGGCUGAUGUCCCCACGGUCAUUCAGAUCAUCACCACUACCUUUGGACUCAAUUCUUCUGAUGUAAUAUUCAAGAUAAGGAAUCACCGUGGCUGCCUGAUCCCUCUGAGCAGCUCCAUCUCUGCUAACAGCAAGCACAUGCCUUAUGUGCUUGAGGUAGCCAAGAUCUUUCAGCAUGUGCAUCCAAAGCCCAGAACCAUUCCCAUGACUGUGAUCAACAAGAGCAUGAAGACCAGGCUACAGACCAUUGACAGGAGGAUUCAGAGACUGGAGGACCUUCUGCCUCAGAUCAAACUCAGGCACAAUGAAAAGCUUGGCCAGGAGAUUGAAUGUCUCAACCAGAAGCUGAGGUUUCUUCAAAGGAGAAUGCAGGUUGCAGAUUCUCACAGCUGGAAGGGGUUCCUGACCAGAGCCCCUCUGUGGUAAACCAGCAGCCUUUUUUUUUUUUUUUUUUGAAAAAAAAAAAAAAGUAUUUUCAGUAAAUUAACUGUUAUCUAUCUGUUAUCUAUCUAUCCAUGUAUUUUUUCUGGCUGAAAAUGUAGUGAGAACUUCAGUGUGUCAAAUCUGUAUAACUGAGGAACAACAUAUUUGGUAUGCUUUUGUGUUGGGCCUCUGGCAGCCUACCUUUCAUCAACAGAUUGACAAAUGACCAGCUGUGACCUGUGAUGUUCCCUUAUGUUGUUUGUACCAUGAAAUGAAAGAAAUA